AUGACUAAAUUCUUCGAUUAUGCAAAGGCGUCAUACACUCAACACACACACCAACUUACACCAAGACAUUUCGACAACGUGUACAUUUCAUUUUCUGUAUUUGACACUUACGAUGAUGCCACUCUACAGUCUUAUCUCUCCGUCUGUAUCCCAGACAAACUUUUGUACAUCGCUGUGGAGGGAGUAACGCCUUUGUGUUUUCUUAGAAGUCGAAAGAGACACUACAAACUUCAGAGAGACCUUACCCCAGUUAUCGAUCAAUAUAUUACAGACCAUCCAACAAUCACAGUGAUAGUAUCAAAUUUCUCGGUUGCUGGUAUGGCUCACCAAAAGGUGUUGGACUUUGUGAGGAGACAGCAGUCGUGCAGUGGUGUUGAUGCCAAUGCGACGCACUGCUUCAUAUCGAAUAGUUACCCAUCCACUUAUAUGUCACUUCAUUUGCCCCGAUACGUCGUGGUAGUUCCCUCAUUAAACACAAUGUUUGACAUGAACCCGCUUCUCCUUGACAUUUUCAAAGACCUCAAAAUCAAAAUUCCAGUACUCCCGUUCGUUAGGAUAGUCGACGACAUCGCCUUUUUGCUUUUAAUGCUGGAAAACGAUGUGCUUCCAGCCGUGUUUAUGGCGACAGUGGGUGUGUUAUUCGAAAGGUAUGCCAAUGCUGUGGGUACUGGUUUUGUGAUAGAAAACGGGCAAAUCAUGAAACCAGUUCUCAAAACAAUUUUGAUGGUUAACAUGCGAACUAAACUCCCCGAAGGGUUUACUUCGACAAACACAAGUAUCGCUUAUUUCGAUGCGAAAAAUGACAGACUUGCAGAGCACAUUAGAAAACAAUUAUUGUUGUUACAUGAUGAAGAGAUGACUUCCAUAAUCAAGUGUUCCAGUGACUUGACAAGAAACGAGUUUGAGUUGAAUUUGCCGAACGUUUGCGUCGCGUUUUGGGAUGGACUUGUGUGGCUUUCAAAGUCUUUGUUCAACGAAGUGCCAGACUGGGACUGGCACUUCACCUUCCACAUCGAUCAUUUCGAACAGCUUUUGGGGCGGUUCUUUGAGUAUGAACCGCACUUCAUUUUUUCAUAUGGAAGACCAAUGGCUGGUAAUGUGUUUGCUGUACUUACAAGUGACAAUGACUAUACGUUACCUUCUUCGAUAUCGUUUUUGAAGACGCAGUCAUCGGAAUUCUAUAGUUUUUUCAGUGUUCCAAGUAAUAUGAAUAUAACCAAUUUACUCACAUUGGUACAAUCCAAAUUACCAGAGGGAAAGAAAGAGGAUCGGUGGGGGUGGCCGACUUUGUUUACAUCCAAAGAGUACAGAGUGGCGAAUUUCGACGCAAUCUCGCAUAUUGAACAACCGUCACGACUUGAUAUAAUGAUCGAGGGUGACACUUUACUGUUAUCAAAUGGAGACGUUGUUGAAGGAAAUUUAGUUCCAUUAUUUUCUCCCGGGAAUGAGCCGACCCCGGAGCCAAUAAAGAAUUUCAGAUAUGGGUUUUUGAACAAGUGGUACUCGAGCGAGUAUUCGUUUGAGAAGUUGUAUUAUGGAGAGCCAGGGAGUGGUAUAAAAGACGAAGAGGAUAAGAUGGAAUGUGAACCUAAGAAAUAUGAAUUAAGUAAGUGA